AUUGGAUGGAGUGAAACAAGCCUGCUGCUGCUGCUGCUGUUCCACUACAACACACUGUCACUGACACCCGAGAGCACAGCAGAGAAAGGAACAUGUUCAUCGGGGACUCAAAUUAUCGAGUAAGCCAGGAUCUGAGCAGAUAGGACGAAGACACUCAGCAGUGAUGAACAGCUACUAGGUGUGGGAUUCGAAGAUGUGGCUGUCAAUGGGGGUAGUCUGCCUGUUCCACUGUGUCGUUGGACAGCUGUUUGAGACCAAGCUGAAAGGAGCACCACGUCUAAUCUGCAGUGUCCCCGGGUCACCGGGCCUGCCUGGUAAACCUGGCCCCACCGGGCCCCCGGGAGCAGAUGGGAAUGUGGGUAUCCCAGGAAGAGAUGGCAGAGAUGGCAGGAAGGGUGAAAAGGGAGAAAAGGGAGAAACAGGGUGGAAGGGCAGGGUUGGCCCAACAGGUAAGAUUGGAGAGCGAGGUGACCGUGGCCCUGCAGGGAAACGAGGCCCUACAGGAGGGAGUGGAGAUGUGGGCCCAUUCGGUGCUCUGGGCCGUGAGGGAGAGAAAGGGGACAAGGGCAAACAAGGGCCACGCGGCACCGCAGGAGUCUGCAGAUGUGGCAGCCUGCUGCCUAAAUCGGCCUUCUCUAUGGGAAUCACCAGCAGCUACCCAUUAGAGAAGACCCCCAUCAAGUUCAAUAAAGUCCUCUAUAAUGAGGGCGGACACUACAACCCACAGACGGGCAAGUUUAUCUGUGCAUACCCUGGCGUUUACUUUUUUUCAUAUGACAUUACACUGGCAAACAAACACCUGGCUAUUGGUCUGGUGCAGAAUGGCGAGUUUCGCAUCAAAACCUUUGAUGGCAACACGGGAAAUCAUGACGUGGCCUCUGGGUCCACUGUGAUUUACCUGAACCCAGAAGAUGAGGUGUGGCUGGAAAUCUUCUACCAGGACCAGAACGGUUUAUUUGCAGACCCUAGCUGGGCCGACAGCUUGUUCUCCGGCUUCCUUCUCUAUGCUGACACAAACUACUUUGACGCACUGGCAGAGGACUACUUGUGAAACCAGGACAACACAAAAACAAAAACCUCUAGUCACUGUUGUUUUCAUAGUGUUAUUACACAUAUGUUAUGGUCGAGCUAUAUUUUUAUACAAAUGUUUGUACUACUAGUACUAUUACUACAGAGACGUAUAUCUACUGAUUAUAUAGUUUUAUAAAGCUUGAAUGAGUAUCUGAUAUAUUUGUUUUGGCUGGGAGUCAAUAUGUUAAAUAAACAUUGUUGAUAUA